AUGGCCUUUGGGGAUUUUGUCCCGUCGAUCUCGAGGUCCCGACUGAAUCUAGUCGUUCCGCCUUCUGUUCGUCGGCGAUUCUCACUCCUUAGAGUGGUAUUGCAGCCUCAUACACCUACUACGCCUGCGGAGAACGUUCAGGCCCAAAUUUUCGACCAGCUCUCAACGUCGAUCCUCAGCCCUGGACCGGGCAUCAUUCCAGCGCCAAGCCAGUCCAACACCCCGAGCAAUACGGGGACCUUGCAACCCAACACGCAGUCCAACAGCGAAGGCACCACCAUCAGCACCGGCGCUAUCGUAGGCGGCGCGGUCGGCGGCCUGGCGGUCCUCUGCAGCUUCGCCUUCGCCGUGUUCUGGCUUGUCCGCCGAAAGAAGAACGCAAACGCACACGCCAAAUCAGAAUCCGACAGUGAUACAUAUAUGGCAUACAAACCGGAGCUGGAAGCGUAUGAGCGCGAGCGGCAGCGUGCGGAGUUGUUCGGCCGAGGAAUGACGCCAGAGAUGUCCUCACAAGGGCCGGCCGCGUACGAUACUCCGAGUCGCCGCCUCCACUACCCCCUGAUGACGCCGGUGGAGCUUCCGGCGGCUGGUGGUUGGAAGUGA